AUGGCCGACGAGAAGCCGCGUAUCUUGCUUUACAUCCUGCGUCGCGAUGUUCGCCUCUCAGACAACCCAAUCUUCACAGCCGCUUCACGACAAGUCACGCGCCAGCGGGACCCCACCCCCUUGUCCAACACAGAUACAAGCACAAGAGACGACUCCCUGACCUCGGAGCACCGUGGCACCUCGUUUACACAUUUACUGCCCGUGUACAUCUUUCCUGCACAACAGUUUGAGGUCUCAGGUUUCCUCUCCUCUUCGUUUGAGCAAUCGCCAUACCCCGAAGCACGCAGCCAAGUCGCGAAAAUAUGGCGUACCGGACCCCAUCGCGCAAGAUUCGUCGCCGAGGGAGUGUGGAAUCUGAAGCAAACACUCGAAGGCCUCGGGUGCGGUUCCGGUCUACAGUUAAGAGUCGGAAAGGUUAGCGAUGUUGUCAAGAACAUUCUUGAAUACUACUCAAAGAGCGGCGACUCGAGAGGUGAAAUUUCUGGAGUUUGGAUGGCCGCCGAUGAGGCUACGGAAGAGAAGGAAGAGGAACAGCUUGUGAAAGGGAUUGCGAAACAAAGCGGGGUUGAUUUCAAGCUUUGGAGCGACGAGAAGUACUACGUUGACGAUCGCGACCUCCCCUUCGACAGCAUAUCCGAUCUCCCAAACAUCUACACAUCGUUCCGCAAAUCUGUCGAACCACUACGCGACCAACCCCGCAGCACCUUACCAGCACCUACACAGUUGCCACCACUGCCGCCCAAUACCCCCCCUCAGCAAUCACCUUUUAGUAUACCCUCAAGUUUUGAGAGUCUCCUGAAAGCCCUCCUAGCUCCCCUCCAAAAAGAUCCUACAUACGGCUUGGCAGUACCCCCCAAAUGGCCGAGCAACGUCGAGUCAGCACAUCCUUUUACAGGAGGUGAAUCCUACGGGCAAGAGCGAAUAUCGCAUCUUAUAUCCAGCGGAGCGAUGAGCUCAUACAAGGCUACACGCAACGGCAUGCUCGGACGUGACUUCAGUACCAAGCUCUCCGCUUUCCUCGCACAGGGACAUAUCACAGCACGGCAGGUACAUUGGGCGAUGAUAGAUUUUGAAGAAGGGCGAGGGGCCGGUAAAGACAUUCCAGGCUACGGCCAAGGAGAGAAUGAGGGCACAGCUGCUGUCAGGUUCGAACUACUGUGGCGGGACUAUAUGCGUCUUUGCAUGCGGAAAUUUGGCCCAGCGAUGUUCCAUAUCUACGGCAUUCGUCCUGAGGAAAGUAGAAACAACAAAACCCCACCACCACCGAAGAAUUGGCGACGGCUCGACAAAUCCACCCCAGGCAGCGACCCCGUCAAGACAAUAGAGACAUUUGGCCGUUUCCGCUCAGGGAGAACAGGAGUUGGCCUCAUCGACGCGUCAAACCGCGAACUCUUCCUCACAGGCUACACAUCGAACCGCGCACGACAAAACGUUGCGUCUUUCCUGGCAUCACAUCUCGAAAUCGACUGGCGAAUUGGCGCAGAAUGGUACGAAUGCAUGCUGACAGACUACGACGUAUGCAGCAACUGGGGCAACUGGCAAUACGUGGCUGGCGUGGGCAACGACCCCAGACAAGGCCGUGUCUUCAACCCGGUCAAGCAAGCGCUCGAUUACGACCCGCGUGGCGAAUACAUCAAGGCAUGGGUCCCCGAGCUGCGAAGCGUCAAGCUGACCAAGUCCGUUGGUCAAGGGAAAGAGGAGAUUGAUAAGCAGCAGCUCAUGGGCUUGUAUCAGGCCAACAAGCUCACGGAAUGGGAAAAGGAGAGCAUGGGCCUUAAAGGCCUCGAGUGGGUCGAACGACCUCUCGUGAAUAUCAACUUCUCCUUUGGACGUGGACGAGGCGGUCCAGGACGUGGAGGCACACGGCCUGGCCGAGGCGGAAGCGGCGGCGGCGGAGGACCAGGAAGAGGAGGUCAUCGUGGAGGCCAACAGCAGCAACGGCAGCAACAGCGCCGAGAGUACAGGAGAGGUGCUAAUGAGGAGAAGCAGCAUGUGCCAAACGGCCCGACAAUCGUUAGCUCUCAAUGA